UGAAGGUCAACUCAGGACUACCAUUUAAAAACUUAAGGGUGCGGCGUAUUUCAUUGUCCUGCGGUAGUUAACCUGUCUCUAUAUCAAAUCAACUAGUUAUUUUACUCUUCCAUACUCUCUUGAUUUGUUUCACAUAAUCAUCCAGCUAAAAUUUUCUUUUUUUGAGUACAGACUGCUGUUCUGCUGACUAAUUAAUAUUUUUACUUCAUAUGAAGUAAAAAUGAAGACUGCAGUCUUCACUUAUCGACAAGUCUUAAUUUACUCAAAGAAUUCAGCGUCCUGCAUGGUCGACAGACCUAUUACUUAGACCAUGCUUAUUGGUUUUUUAGGUGUCAGAUGAUUAUCUAACACCUAGGGGCUUUAAAAUCCCAAUAAAACACUAAAUUAUUCCUUUUUAAAUACAGAUUACUGCUCUGUCCACUUACGACUUACUGGUUACAACCGGUCCUUACUGGAUUUCAGCGACCCACUUUAUCAGGGUGGCUGCAUAGUACUCUUGGUGAAUGGCGAAAGGUCGUCUUUCUGGCUCUGACUCGUCGGACAGUGAUGACGAAGUGAAGGUAAGUAUAUGAGCAAUCCGAAAUAUGAAACUUUACGGUAUUUAAACUAAUGCGUAUCCAAAUGUUUUUUUCCAGUGGCUACAAUCACGUCACAAGCACAGGAAGACCUCGGUUCCAAGCGAUGAGACAACACGUGAUUCAAAGUCAGGUGGAAUUGAGGAGGGUGAAGUAUCUAGUGAUGACCUCGAUGAAGACGAAGAUGAUGGCCUGGAUGACAACUUAAUCGGUGGGGAAGAUGAUAAGCGUCGGUUGGCGAAAAUGAGUGAAAAAGAAAGAGAAGAAGAGCUAUUCAAGAGAGCUGAGAGAAGAGAUGCCAUACGAGCCCGCAAGGCUGUAAAACAAAAGCUAAAAGAAAGACGAGAAAGAGAAAAAGCUCAACAGGUAGCCUCUUUAUCCAAACAGCUUACCGGGGAUUCAAAAUCUAAAAGAUCUGCUUAUCACAACGUAUUUUCAGACAGCGAUGAGGCAGAAAAUAGUGAUUCAAGUGGUCUUGGACCAAAAGGCCUUAGACAACGUAAGCUUGCCCUGGAGAAAAAGAAGGUAUGUUUUUCUGUUUGCUAAACCUGAUUUCAAACCGCUCGCUUUUGCUUUGUUGCACAAUUUGUCUUGAUAGGUUACUAGUUAUCAAUACAUUUUAUUAUCUUUUUUUCUUGUAAAACUGUGAUCAUUGGGAAAUUCUUUUUUAGGUGGCUCACAGGGAUAAAUUUCAGGAACUCAUCGAGCGUCGCAAACAACAGGCUGCUAAAAAGCGUCGAACUCAUACAUCAGACGAAGUGGAUAUAUCCGCCCAAAAUAGUUCUGGGAGUUCAUCGGAUAGUGAUGAUAAUAGUCCAAAGCCACGUGGCAAAAUUCAGGAGAAACAUCAGUCCAUGUCUCAGCGUGUUUUUUCUUCAGAAGCAUCAGACUCUUCUGAUUCAAGUCGACCUGGUUCGCGUCCUGUAGCUCGACGUUCAAGGUUGGUUGUCAAAUAGUUUGUAACCUAAAUUCCGUUUUGUAUGAUCUCGGUAUUAUUUAUACUAAGUUCUCUCUCUUAAUCCCACUUCACCUAGUUAAUAUAACAUCUUAAAUCAAAUAAUUAAGUAAUACCGUCCUUAAGAACUUACGCACUUUCCAUUUCCACCCCAUUUGGAGUUAAAAAGUAAUAAUAUCAUAGCCUUGCCCAGGGAUCCGUACUACGAUGAUUCAUGGCAUAUCCUGGUAAAAAUGAGUUGAAUGGAACUUUGAACCCAUGAAUCUGAUGUAAGCCUGAGUUUAUUUUCUUGGGAGUUGUGAAUUUGUUAGAAUCUUUCGCUGUUUAGUUUUCCUUAGAUUGAAAGUAAAUUGAAAGAAAAUUUUCUUACCUACGGUGUCAUUUUCUGAAACUAUGCAAUCGUAUUUAUACCGAUUUCUCGUAUAAAGUAGUCUGUUGAAAGGUGGAGGGACUACACAAUAGCAUUUAGGUAACUUCAUGUGUUGAAAGAGGACCACGUGAUGAACAAGAAGUCGAAAAACGACAGUCUAAAACCGAAUAGAUGAAAGAUAGUUGCCCACUUGACAAGGAUGACGUGAAAGUGAAAAUAGUAAUUAAAAUUUCAGGUGGUUUGGGGUAGUCUGUCGGAAACUCGGGGCUCAGGUUUCAUGAUACUUGGAACCCGUCAGUAACUUGUACCUGUAAUCUUGCCAAAACUGGCGGAUUCGAUCUUUGUCAUUUAGCUUCACAACCUGGGGUGUUUCUACUGAGCUGUUCGGGGCUGCAAUGUUGUGUCACUUAGACUAGUGUCCAUAUUGUAACCUGAUGGAUAGAAUUAAAUCAGCACUAAAAGAGGAUUAGACAAACAUGAUACUGGUGGCUACUCAGUGAUCAGUCAGUCGUAAGUUACUAAAAACUUUAAAAAACUCGGAAGACAGUACUAAUAAAUAAUCUACCGAGUAUGGAAAAUUGAGUAUUAGUACCACGGUAGGAUGAGAGCUUGGAAGUGUCACUUCUGUUCACAUGGUUUUAAUUUGAAACGAUGAUUUGCUAACACCCUGCAAUGUAUAGGUAAUUGAUCUAUCUCUCCUUCUAACCCUAUCGUUUAAACAUAUAAAUACUUGCAAAAACCAUCUGGUGCGGUUAUGUAACAGGAAUCUACAAGAUGUUCCGGUAUUGCGCUGUUGAUUGUUUACCUUCUUUGGAAAGCCACGUGGUAACCCUCGGAGAUGAGUUUAGAGAACGUUCACUCUGUGCAGUCACUGUAACCUGUUCCAUAAGAGCAAGGGGACUUAUAAAUGUGCAUUUGUGUAUCCCAAGGUGAAAGUUUAUUUUCGACACAUCCACGAAAUACAGUCGAUACAAACUCGGCUCAUUUGGCUUUGUUGAUUUAGUUACAGACUUCAAUGUAACUUCAAAGAGAAUCUCCGACCUGACGUAGUAGUCAGGCUUGCCUAUCGUGAUGACUUAACCGAGCUGUAUUGGCUGGAACACGUUCCCUUAGGUCUUACUAUGUCAGACAGAUCGGUUGAAGAGCGGUAAGACUAAAAGCAGCAACUUAAGGUCCUAAGACGAAGUCGUACUGCUGACUGUAGAGAGGCGUGACAGCAGUAAGGUGUUUCCCGAAGAGAACCAGCAUCUGUAGCGAUGUCGCCUUAUCACGAAGGGAGGAAGGGGUCAGAAAAGGUCGACCCUGAUAAUGCCACACCACCUUACCCCAUAGAUCUCCUCCGGCGGUAAAGCCUCAGGUGCGGAGCUAAUACGACGAAAGCUUCCCAUAAAGAUACCGUACGCUAUCGACGUCAAGCAUUUAUGCCUUAGUCUCUGCGAUCGCACUCCCAGGUCGCACAAACCAUUACUAAUUCAGCUUCUUUUUCAGGUCUUUAGAAGAAAUAUCUACGAUGUGGGUGACCGUGAAGUGACAACCGCCCUCAUACCUCUAUCGGCAGUCGAGAUCCUAUUGUUGACUUUAAAACCCAGCCCUCACCUCUAAAUAAUUCUUCCGUCUAUACGACUAACCCUUCUCGUAUAUCUUUAUCACUACACGCCACCAAUGAGUUUACGAAAUGUUAUUCCUGGUCACCUGAAACCACUCUCGGAACUACAUGUUGGAGCUUUUAUUGUUCGAACCUUGUAUCAGAUAAGACAAUAAGCUUUAGCCAGGACUCUAGAAUCUCUUGGUAUGAUUUUCAAAAAGCUGUGAAAAUAGCAGUGAUAUCUACCGGUAGCUUAAAGCAAAAGGUUAAGAGAAAGCAGUGGGUUUCAGCGGCGUCUAAAGAAUUGAUAGGUGCUCGAAAACAUCCCGUCUGGGUCCGAACACGAUGAGGAGCAGAGGCAACUUAAACACGGGCUGAUCAAAAGCCUAUAUAAUGAGCGUAAGUAGUUGUAGGUAGCGGAAGCAGAAGAGAUAGAAAAGGCAGCAGCGAUAGGUAGAAAUAGACAAUUGUUCACAUUUAUUAAGGAAACAGGUAUUAAAAAUCCGGCUGUUAGUGAAAAGGACCAAACUAUUAUUUACUCUCAAUCUAAAAGAUUGCCCUACUGGACAGAACACUUUAGUGAACAGUUCAGCUGGUUUUCAAUCACACAUCAGUUGCCAAAUAUCUCCAAGCAACCUGAAUGCCAACUUGACGCAACUCAUUCAGCCCUUAGUGAAUUUGAAAAGGCUAUAAACAAUCUAAAGAAAAGGAGAGCAGGCGAACCUGACGAACUGGCCACUAAUUUUUCAAAAUGGUAGUCCAGGUUUAGCAGUUAGAUUGAUUGGAGUCUUAGCUAAAGUGGACGCAGUCCCAUCUAACUGGACUUGAUCUUUGAUUUUCCCAGUUUAUAAGAACGGACAUAACUCCUCUUGUCACAAUCACAGAGGAAUCAUUCCAACUAAUAUAGUGUCUAAAAUAUUAGUCUCAAUAAUAUUUCGACGUCUAACUAGAACUUGUGAAGGGUGAAUUCGAGAAAACUAGACCGGUUUCAGUCCUGCACGUGGAUGUGUAGACCGAAUACUCACCAUUCGGUAGGUUCUGGAACAUAAGCAUACUUUUCGACGUCCGACCAUAGUUGUAUUCUUUGACCUUAAGACGGUGUUCGACUCUCGAUUGUGAGGUUUUAUGGUAAUGUCUCAUUGAAAGGCGUACUAAAGGAUUACAUUAAUCUUAACAGCCUCUCCACUCAAACACUACCGGUCGAGUCAGAAGUUAUGAUGAACUGUCAUCGUAAUUGGUUACUUCAAAUGGUGUUUGUCAGGGUUAUUUGCUUUCUUCAUUUAACUUUCUCAUAGACAUGUUUUAAGAGAUAACACUUUCACCGUUCAACAUACCAGGGAUCAGUCUUCUACCAGGAAAUUCCCUUGUUGGUUUAAAAUAAGCAGAUGAUAUUGUUAUGUUUAGUGAAAACGUAGAGUCUUCUGGCCACCUUGAGCAACAGUGCAAACAUGUUUGGGAUGCGGUUCUCCCUCGUCAAAUGCAAAAUUUAGCUUCAGGAUUGGCUUGCGCCAGCGCCUAUAUCAAUAAUAGGAUGUGAAGUAAUCGAGCUUAUCGAUCGCUUCACUUAUCUUAUGAGUCUUAUCAGUCCUGAUGGUUUGGUGUCUGACAAAAUCUCCGCAUGGAUUCAGAAGGCUCAAUUUGCUUUUUCCAACUAACGUCACUUAUAGCGUAGGCGUGACAUCUGUUUGUCAUGUAAAUGACGAGUUUACUGCACUGCAGUUUGCUCCGUCCUACUUCAUAGUUAUGAUACAUGGUCAUUAAGAAUAGGUAUCCGUAGGCUACUGGUAUUCGGUCAUACGCGUCUUCGAAUCAUUGUUCGUGUAUUUUGGGACCACGGAGUAAGUAAUGUCUGGGUUAGGAAUAUGGUGUUAGGUAAGAGUGGGAAGUCGGUUGAUGAGGCAGUAAAUUUUCACCAACUGAGGUGAUUGGGCACGUGUUACGUGUGCCGAAGACAUGGCUUCUGUCUAUGAAGUCAUAGGUGCUGACUAUCUGGCUGAGGUCCGGGUGAUUAUCGUAACCAAUGGUUUGAGAAUUUGAAUGACAUGACUCAAAAUCGUCUGCAAUGGCGCAGAUGCAUCUAUCCUUCGUCUUCAACCAAACUCUGAGCAUCUGAAUUCCUCAUAACACUUCUGUUUUUAUUUCAUUGAUUUAUUUGUCCUUGAAUCAUAUCUUCGAUGCUUAAUCUUUCCAAUCACCACUCAUGCUGUUAAUGCAUCUACUAAUCUGGGAUUCAGUCUGACAAUUUCAUCUCUGUGUUAAUGGGGUAUGGCAACUUGAACCGAUGUACACACGUACCAGGUUCUACAUGGUCACUGACUGACAAAGAAAACUAUAUCAUUUGUUGUGGAUUCAUUUUUCACAAACGUUCUCCUAAUGAAGAUGGUUUUUUAUGUUAUGAUGUCGAAAGUAGUAACCCCAGUGUUAGUGUUCCGAACACUGAAACGUUCACAAUGGCUUACAUCCAUUGACGUUAUUUUCCGCUCUAUCUCGUUUCAAUAUCUCUUUAUACAUACUUUGCCACUGCAUUUUUGACCUUUCUCAAGGUUUAGUCUUUCUUUUUUCAUUACGAUUGAUUUAUUCUGAUCGCUUCCUCAAUUCAUCUUGUUAUUCUCAUCUUGUCGUUCUGAUCACAGCUUGGGCUAGCUCAUUUACGUGUCAGGUUGUGUUUAUUAAUGUCCUUUUGUCUGAAAUGCUAACUAAAGGAAUUACUCCUACGCUAUACCUUCAUUGUUUAUUCUGGAUUCGGUAGUGAUUUCUAUAGAUGAACUGAUGGCGUAGAGAUGGGUCUACCACUGAGCCCUACUCUAGCUAAUUGCUACAUGACUAAUCUUGACCAUACAGUACUUAAAUCUACAAGCGAUAGCAUUCAUUUAUACAGACAUAUGUCCAUCAUUUGUGAUGAAAAUAUUGACCUUAUUGUCAUCGUGAAUAAAUUCACUAGUUAUGACCAGUCAGUUUAAUAUAUGUAAGAAACUGGUGAAUCUGCAAUUUCAAUUCCUUGAUGUUUUAUUAAAAAGAAGUCUAGAUGGUAUCAGCCUUAUUAUUUGCCUAUAUGGGCUACUGACGAGUCUUAAGCUGUACGAUAAUAGUGCGUUGAUUUCAGUCACUACAUCCAUAAAUAUCACAAUAAAACUUAGGGAAGAAUUAAAAGGUUUUAGAAAAUAUUAAAAUAUGAUAUUGAGUUUUUAUUUAUUGUGUGAAUUAAAUGUCUUCAUUUGUUUCAUUCCAGCUUACAACCUUAUCUCCCUUUUUUAGGACUUAGAACCAGUUUCUGAUUAGCAUUGAUUAAUAGUCAGGAAAUUCACGGAUUGUUGUCAUUCCGCUCUUAUUUUAGGUUUGUUGGUGUAAUUUACUGGAUUCUGUAUCAGAUUUAGUGAGAGAACAACCUAACACCUUAACUAUCUUAGAUAAUGUAUCAGUCAUAAGGGAUUAUUCUACUAGAGUGAAACAACAUACUCCUAAGUUUUAUCGCUAUAUCCGGACUAUUGGUCUUUAUCAAAAGUACUUCCCAAAACUAUCAUUCGUUUACCAACGUUGAAAGAAUAAGGAAAACAGGUGAACCCCUAAAAUUCGAACAUUGGGGUACCGAAUAAAGUGCUGUGGAAGGGUUAAAUAAAAGUAAUAUUAAGUGCUAUUAAGUACUAUUAAGCGUAUAUAAGAUUCAGGUGACAGUAUAUUGGGGGCUUCUAAUUACUUUUAUUUGAUAACUAUUUCUUGAACAAACAUUUUCAUUGUUCAUUUCACUCAACUUUAUUCAGAGUAUUCUAGUCGUUGAGGCAUGCCUAUUUUCUCUUAAAUUGUUCCGGUGGGACUCUAAAACUAUGAUUUCUUUUUUUAAUAGUUUUUCCAGUUUGUCAGGUUCACAGCGAUCUGGUUCUUCAAGUGAAGAUGACGCUAGAGGCAGAAGUCGUUCACCUGAAGAGGAACUAGUCUCCUCUGUUGAGCAUCUAUCUCGUAUUCGGUUGUCACGUUUUAAAAUGGAAAAGUGGGUUCACAUGCCGUUUUUCGAUAACUUGAUAAAAGGAUGUUUUGUACGUAUCAACAUAGGAUUACAUCAAGGUGUGCCGAUUUAUCGUUGUGCUGAAAUUGUGGAUGUCGUGGAAACUCCUAAAAUAUACGAUCUUGGUGACACUCGAACUAAUAAAGGAAUUGUAGUUCGUGUUGGAAAAGACCAAAGUACAUUUCGUUUGGCGUUCAUUUCAAACUCUGAUUUUCAGCAAGAUGAAUUCGACAGCUGGAUGCGGCGAAUACAUCUUGCGAACAUGAAACCUCCGACUUUGAAUUUUGUCCGAGAUAAAGCUGCUGAAAUUACUGAAGCAAUAAAUCGUCCUAUUCGAGAUGAACGCGUGGUUGAACAGAUCAUACAAUCCAAACGUCGUUUUCAGAAAGCUCCAACAAAUUUUGCUUUACGCAAAGCGGAAUUGAUCAAACAACGAGAGCAAGCAGAAACAGAUGGAGAUACAGAAUUAUUGAAACAUUUAGAUAGUGAAAUAGAAGAAAUCGAAUCUCAAGCUGAACGAAUUGAGAGACGUCGAACUUUAGGUUUUAAAUCAAUUACAUCUAUAAAUCAACGUAAUCGUGCACUUAGUGUACAACAAGCUGAAGAAGCUAUUCGCAAAGAAAGUGAAGAAGCAUUGAAUUCCAAGGAAGAAGAUCCAUUUACACGUGUUCAUUCUCAACCGGUAAUUGUCACAAAGAAAUAUUUGGAAAACUUACGUCAUAAAAGAGUAAGAAUUGUAUGAAUUAAGUUUUUUGGGUGCUAAUGUUUUAAUAUCGAAGCUAUCCUGGAUCUGUUCAUAUGUUUUUUUUAAAGAAAAUUUCUGUGAGCACAGCGCAUUUCAUCUAACAUUAUGUCUAAUUUAG